ACAAGUUAAUUCAGAAGGGAGGAGACAAAAUGGCUGAUGCGGUUGCGUUGGCUGAUGCUCGAGGCAUUGCCAGGAACCCUUCACUCUCCACCAUCAACGAGGAGCGCUCCUCCCAGAUCUCUGUGUAUGAGUCGGCCGUAUCCGAGGCGUCGGGUGAAGACGAAGCAGUUUCAGUCAGCAUCGACGGCAGGGAGGUCUCGCUCUCACUCUACGAAACACCAGAUAUUUCAGAGGCAGAAGCCAAACAAAUAGCUGAGAUCUACGCUGAUGAAAUAUCUGAUCAUUUGUCAGCACACGACAAUAACCAAGCUGCGUUGCCUCCUCUCCGCUUCACUCGAGAGACGUCACGGAAGGGUCCACUUAUAAUGGAAGCUAUGGUGAUUGAUGUCGAGAAUGAAGCGUUCGACGAAUACAUGAGUAUGGCCGACAUUGUAUACGAUGAUGCUCGCACGGAGGCUGAUGUGGAGGAGUUAUCAGCCAUGGAGGCAGUGAUGGUGGAGGAACGGGAAGCACUGCGCACUGAUAUUGCAGACCUGCCCGAUAUGGAAGUGUGGGAGGAGGAGCACCUGUCCACCCACACGGUGUCAGUGGACGGUAAGGCCGUGGCCCGGGUUAGUGAACAAAACGUGCUCCAGCAUGACCUCCGAUCUCUUAGUGAGCAGGGAAUGAGCCUGUUAAAAGAGCAGGGUAAAGAGACACGUGUUCUUGGUAAAGGUGAGGCUGUUGGUAUCGAGGAACAGCAGGUAAUUAGUGCUGCAGCCAAGUCACUCAUUACUGAAAAAGCUCAUCAGACUAUGGCAGAAGCUCAACAGGAGCCGGGUCUGAAUAUCGCCCAAGCAGAAGAGCAAGCUGUACUAACUGGUGCUGAGAAGAUGAAAAGUGAAAAAGUUGAGAGGAAGCAAGCAAAACGAUCUAUUGAGACUCGGGAGGUGGCAGUGGCAGAAGAACAACAGUUUCUCUCUGAGGGGGGUACUUUGUCAGAUUUAACCAACUUAAGUAAAAUUGUUGAACGAUACCCCAGCCUUGUAACACAAGAGGCCGUGGCGGUGACAUCACCUGAGGCAGUAGAACAAGCCAAGUCGAUGGAGUCUGAGGAGAGACCUUCUAAAAAGGCGAAAAAAGCUUCUGUAAAGAAAACUCAGGUUAAAGGUGAAGCAGCUGUUGUUGAGUCUGCUGAAGUGUAUGAAGGAGAGGCGAAAUUGAUAUCGGAGCAGCAGGUGACAGCACAGAAGGCAAAGGCAGUUAUCUCAGAGCAAAAAGGCUACAAAGUUACAAGUGCAGAAGUCAUGGAAGAUGUGGCAUUCCUUGAAACUGACACGGCGAACCUCCGGCAGGCACAGGUGAAGGAUGCCACCCAACACGAAGCUCUUAUGAUGGAGCAAGCUGAAGUUGUUAGCGGCCAGGCCCCGAAGAGCUUAAAGGUGAAAAAGGCCAAAACUCAAAAGGCAACAGUUGGCCAAGUCUCUGCUGCAGGCGUCGCUCAGCAGCAAGAACAAGAGUAUUACACUGCUCCCCAGGACAUUCCCGAAUAUUUCCAGGCCGAGGAGACUGAGGCCGAUUUCAGUGAACUGCAUUCCAUGUUGGAACCCAUGCAACAAGCCGAGCAGUAUGGCUAUGAGCAUGCAGCGUUCUUUGAAGGCCUCACACCAGAGCAGCAAUUGGCCAUACAACUCGACCCAAGUUACCGAGAGGCUGUAGAGGUGGCUAUUAGACAAGGAUAUUCCCAAGCUGGUGACCUAACUCUGAUGACCGGGCAGGAGACUCAGGCCUUCGCCCACCAGACUCUUCAUGAGGCAGUGGAAGGUUAUGAGCAGAUGGGAUUAUCUGGAGACAUUAGAGAUAUGGCUGAUUAUAUGCGAGCGAUGAGUGACAGAGCCCAAGUCUUGACGGACACUACUAGAGAAGCUGUCAUGAUCCAAGAAGCUGACGUUGAUUAUGCAAACCUUAAUGUCUUUAACAAAGAGGAUAUGUCUCACAUGUUAACAGUAGCUGAAGAACGAAGCGGGUCUCUGGCAGAAUGUAUAGUGGUGCAGGAGGCAGAUUUACAAUCAGAAGCUGCAAUUGUAUCUCAGCGACCAGCUGCUCAACCUGAAAGAGCUGUUGCUGGUAUUGUUGAGGGAGCCGCUGAGUCUGUAACUGUGGGCGAACCUCCAGUAGUGGCAGAAAUGGACACCAGUAAAGGUGUAGUGCAGAAGACUGGAGAAGCCAGAGAAAAGAAACGAUCUGCUGCUGAGUCUGCUGCUGAAGAUGAAAAAGUAAUGGCAGCAUCUAAAGGUGAGUCAGUCAUCAUAACUCACAUGGAUGAAGCGGUGGCAAAGAAAGCCAAGAUAGAGAAAACCACAGAAGAUGGCGAGGCCAAGGAUAUUAAAGAUACUGCUGAAUUAGCGACUAAAUCACUCAAUGUCAAAAACUGA